AUGACCAUGGAAUCUGGCGCAGAGAACCAACAGAGUGGCGAUGCAGCUGUUACAGAGGCAGAAAACCAACAAAUGACAGUACAGACCCAGCCACAAAUCGCAACGUUAGCGCAGGUACAGAGUUGUUCUUGACUGAUCUGUUGUGUCCUUAGGCAAAUGUUUAUAAGAGUAACUUUAACAUCUCUUAUGGAAUCUAAAAGGUUUAAAGGUUGUUAUGAUUUGUUGCAACUAUUGCAACUAAGAAACACUGAAGUACCACAGCAGAGAAUCAUGUUGUUGUUUUUUUUACCUCUACAUGCAUCCCUGUCUCUCUUCCCUUCGUGGUAGACGGCAAUUAAACCUGGAAGUCUCCUGCUUCAUCCAAAAGAGAAAACUGUGUUUAUUCGCUACAGAACAAGCUAAACACAGCUUGUUCCAAAGCUGGCAACUGUAAGUUUCUCAGUUUGGAUAGAACAGGAAACCAUUAUUCAUUGGCAGCUUCUGAAUUUAAUUGCUGCAUGACACAAAGGGAGAUGAGAAGGAGCUGCAUGCUUGAGCAAAAAGCUUGAUCUUAAGCAGCCUUUAAUAAACGUAUGUUUUGGUUGGAGAACAAAAAAGAUCCUAUUUAAAACCACCAGUAUCAACUAAAUCAGGUUUUUUAAACAAAUCCAACACAUUAAUAGAGUUAUGCAUUUGUUAUUACACAGAGGUCUGGUUAAGCCGUGGUUUGUUAGCUGUGAGUUGUCUCACAGACGCCCCAACAAACAGUGGUUUGUUUCAUUAAUGUUUGGUUUCUUUGCCAUCAGUUCUUUCAUUGUGCUUUUGUAGCUUAAUAAGCAUUAGAUAGGUGGCCAAAAAAACCAUGGUUAAGGAAGGUUCCUGGGUUUGCACCUAACAGCAAGCCAGAGUUAAAACAAGUCAAGGCUCAUAAGUCGACAAUAAGUCGUGCCUCCAGAUAGUGGCUUCUUGUCAGUAAAUAAAUCAUAGUUAAGCCACUGGACAGGGUUCAGACACUCAAACAAACCAUGGUUUAAUGAAAACUAAUUUAGUGCACUAUUUGUUAGUACAUAAACUCCCAUUAUACAUGGGAGUGCCUCUGAAGAAGGUUCAGAAAUUUCAGCUGGUGCAGAAUUCAGCAGCCAGGUUGCUCACUGAGCACAUAACGCUGAUCCUGUCCCAACUGCAGUGGCUGCCAAUUAGUUUCCAGCCCCAAGUGCUGGCUUUGACCUAUAAAACCUUCAGUGGUUCAAGGCCGCAAUACUUCAGGGGCUGUCUUCUCCACAUAUGAAUUGACCCAGACUCUGCGAUCAUCAUCUAAGGCCCCUCUUUGUAUUCGUCCGCAAGAGGUCCACAAGGGGACAACACAAGAUUGGGCCUUUUCUAUGGAGGCUCCCCAUUUGUGGAAUGCUCUCCCCAGGGAGGCUAACCUGGCGCCUUCAUUACCUAUCUUUAGGUGUCAGACAGGUAUUGCUUUUGUUUGUUACUUUGUUAUGUAUUUUCAUAUUGUAAACUGCCCUGUGAUCCUUGGAAGAAGGGUUGUAUGGAAAAUAAAUAAAUAAGUAUUAAUAUGAAAUCUGUAAUCAUGUAAGUUCAUUAUUUGUCAUAAAUACAUAAGAUGGAAAAAGUGAAAGAGGUUUAUAAAGUAAGUGUAGUCAUUUAUUCUUCAUUAGUACCUUCGAAGAAAAGAAAAUAUGAUAUGAUUGUUAUAAAAAAGUUGUCAACCCUUGUGACAUCCUGAUUCUUGUGUUGAAAAGGUUUGUUAACUCUAUUAGUACAUAAAAGGGAGGAAUGAAGGAUUUAAGACAUUAGUUCUGUGGUUUUACCAUAAUGAUUCCUACUUUCUUUCCUAGGUAUCUAUGCCAGCAGCUCACGCAACCUCUUCUGCUCCCACCGUUACCUUAGUACAGCUGCCUAAUGGGCAAACAGUUCAAGUCCAUGGUGUUAUCCAGGCAGCCCAGCCCUCAGUUAUUCAGUCCCCACAAGUCCAGACAGUUCAGGUACGUGAAAAUGCCUUUCAAAUAACCAUGUUAUUUCCUGAAAAAUAGAAACAUUGCAUAAACUGUUGUAUCCUGAGCUUUAUUAUCAGCAUGCACCGUUUUAAGUUUCUGAAAAGUAAUUCUAAACAAUACCAAUUUGCCUUUUUUUCCAUUUCAUAGUUAUAUUAUAGGUAGUUCAUGCUAUGCAAGAUGAUAAUAUGACUUCAAAACUGCCAUGUUCAGGACAGGACUAAAAAGUUCAAACAGGCUCUCUCUUCAUUUCCAUCUCUUCCGUUUAAAGUCGCUGCACUCUCGUUUUUGUUCUUUUCCACCUCCACUGAUACAGCAACAAAAAUUCGGUUUCUACUGGUCAUAGGCAUGGUCUGGCCUGAGCCACAACAGUAUUUCUUGAGAUAACUAUUAUAGCGAGAGAAGGCUGCUUGCUGAAGGAUACCUGGAAGCUGUUUGGCUAGCCUUGUAAAGGAGAUGUUGAAAAUGUAUGUAUGGGGGAAAAGAGUGUUCAGGGUAGACUCCAGCUUAGUUCCAAGGAGCAUCUAAUCUGGCCCGUCCGAAUGACCAUGGAAAACCCUAGAGCCUAGCCAGUGAAGGCCGCAAGGCCUUGGUGGAGCGCCUGCAGCAACAGCACCGCAGGUUUAACAGAGAUGGGAACUGCAGACCGAUCUCUAUGAGGAUGUCUUCUGACUUGGCAAGACCCACAUCCUUCAUGGAAGGGAGUAGGGAGCAUGUACAGCCAGCACAGGCAGCAUUUCAGACCUGGGAGGCAUCAGCUGAGAAGGAUUCCCCUGUGGUUCAGUUAUGGGGCCUGGCAAUAAUAAUAAUAAUAAUAAUAAUAAUAAUAAUAAUUUAUUUGUACCCCGCCCAUCUGGCUGGGUUUCCCCAGCCACUCUGGGCGGCUUCCAACAAAGAUGAAAAAUACACUAAAAUGUCACAUAUUAAAAACUUCCCUGAACAGGGCUGCCUUCAGAUGUCUUCUGAAUGUCAGGUAGUUGUUUAUUUCUUUGACAUCUGAUGGGAGGGCGUUCCACAGGGCGGGUGCCACUACUGAGAAGGCCCUCUGCCUGGUUCCCUGUAACUUGGCCUCUCGCAGUGAGGGAACCGCCAGAAGGCCCUCGGAGCUGGACCUCAGUGUCUGGGCAAAACGAUGGGGGAAGAUACGCUCCUUCAGAUAUACUGGACCGAGGCCGUUUAGGGCUUUAAAGGUCAGCACCAACACUUUGAAUUGUGCUCAGAAACAUACUGGGAGCCAAUGUAGGUCUUUCAAGACCGGUGUUAUAUGGUCUUGGCGGCCGCUCCCAGUCACCAGUCUAGCUGCCGCAUUCUGGAUUAGUUGUAGUUUCCGGGUCACCUUCAAAGGUAGCCCCACAUAGAGCGCAUUGCAGUAGUCCAAGCGGGAGAUAACCAGAGCAUGCACCACUCUGGCGAGACAGUCUGCAGGCAGAUAGGGUCUCAGCCUACGUACCAGAUGGAGCUGGUAAACAGCUGCCCUGGAUACAGAUUUGACCUGUGCCUCCAUGGACAGCUGUGAGUCCAAAAUGACUCCCAGGCUGCGCACCUGGUCCUUCAGGGGCACAGUUACCCCAUUCAGGACCAGGGAAUCCUCCACACCUGCCCGCCUCCUGUCCCCCAAAAACAGUACUUCUGUCUUGUCAGGAUUCAACCUCAAUCUGUUAGCCGCCAUCCAUCCUCCAACCGCCUCCAGACACUCACACAGGACCUUCACCGCCUUCACUGGUUCUGAUUUAAAAGAGAGGUAGAGCUGGGUAUCAUCUGCAUACUGAUGAACACCCAGCCCAAACCUCCUGAUGAUCUCUCCCAGUGGCUGCAUGUAAAUGUUGAAAAGCAUGGGGAAGAGGACAGAACCCUGAGGCACCCCACAGAGUGAGAGCCCAGGGGUCUGAACACUCAUCCCCACCACCACUUUCUGAACACGGCCCAGGAGGAAGGAGCGGAACCACUGUAUGACAGUGCCCCCAGCUCCCAGCCCCUCAAGACGGUCCAGAAGGAUGUUAUGGUCGAUGGUAUCAAACGCCGCUGAGAGAUCCAGCAGAACUAGGAAACAGCUCUCACCUUUGUCCCUAGCCCGCCGGAGAUCAUCAACCAGUGCGACCAAGGCAGUUUCAGUCCCAUGAUGAGGCCUGAAUCCCGACUGGAAGGGAUCCAAAUGGUCCGCUUCUUCCAGGCGUGCCUGGAGUUGUUCAGCAACCACUCGCUCAAUCACCUUGCCCAAGAAUGGAAGAUUUGAGACUGGGCGAUAAUUGGCCAUCGUGGCCGCAUCUAAAGAUGGUUUUUUUAAGAAGUGGUUUAAUAACCGCCUCUUUCAGCGGGUCUGGGAAGGCUCCCUCGCGGAGGGAAGCAUUCACCACCCCACAAAGCCCAUCGCCCAGUCCUUCCCGGCUAGCUUUUAUAAGCCAGGAUGGGCAAGGAUCCAGGAGACAGGUGGUUGGUUUCACUCGUCCAAGCAGCCUGUCCACAUCCUCGGAGGUAACAGAUUGGAAUUGAUCCCACACAACUUGACUAGACAGGACUCUAGCACUCUCCCGCCCUGGCCCUGCUCCCAUGGUGGAGUCUACUUCUUCCCGAAUCUGAGCGAUUUUAUCUGCAAAAAAAUUUAUAACUCCUCCUUUUCAUAUCUGAAACCUUCCAAGGGGAAGGGGGCAGCUGGAAAAUAAAUGCUCUUAGGUUUUCAUUCUGAAGCAGUCCACCAUAUGAGAAGAAUAGCAUUUUAUUUAGUUUCUGCUGAAGAGGGAUGUGUGUUUAGGUGAUUGGAAGACCUGCACAUACAUAGGUGUUUUCUUGAAAGAGGUGUUCAUAUUCUGAUGUGAAUCAAUAACCAAUUUAGAACAGCUAGUGUAUCCUCUACAGCAGAAAGCAGCUGCCCACCCUUGGUUUAGAAUAAAAGACUUAAUCAGUUCAUUAUGCUGCUUAAUUAGGGGUAUUUAAUAUGGUUCUUUCCCUAAGCAAGUUCCAAAGCACUCUCAAAAUCAUUUGCUAUUAAGCAUGACAAUGGGAACAAUUUAGAUUGCCUUGGUGUGUUCUUCCUACAAGCGUGUAGCUGGCAAUUCUUGGAAACAGAAUGCUGAACUAGUUGGAACUUCGGUCUGAUCCAGAAGGGCCCUUCUUAUGUUCUUAAAAAUGCGAGAUAAAUGUAGGAUGCAGCCCUAAGGACACCAAGAUGGCGUACCAUAGGCCAUAGGCUAGAUGGGAUCUACCUCUGUGACAGAUCCUUCAAAGCCCUAGCCCAGCAAACAUUGGAAUUCUGAAGUCAGCUGGGCGAAAAAGGAGAUAGCAGCUUUGAUCUAGAGGCAUCCUGGUCAUGUGACUUACCCUCAAAUGAGGGAGAAAUUUACCGUAUUUUUCGUCCUAUAGGGCGCACCGGCCCAUAGGACGCACCUCGUUUUUUGGGGGGGAAAUGAAUAAAAAAAAAUUAUUCCCCCCUUCCCCCGCCGCCGCGGCUGCCGCCCCAAGCCUUGCGCACACCUGCCCGAAGCACGGGGAGCCCUCCGGAGGGCUCCCCGUGCUUCGGGCGACAGGCUGCCACCCCAAGCCUCGCGCGCUCGGUGGGACCUCCUGCCGGGCGCGCAAGGCUUGCGGACACUCACUGGGGCUGCAGGCUGCUGCCUGCAAGCCUUGUGAGCCCGCGGGAACUCCCGCCGGAGAGCGAGAGGGGUAGGUGCGCACCGAUGCCUCUCGCUCUCCAGGCUUCAGCGAAAGCCUGCAUUCGCCCCAUAGGAUGCACACACAUUUCCCCUUCAUUUUUGGAGGGGGAAAAGUGCGUCCUAUGAGGCGAAAAAUACGGUAGUCACACUCCUAAGCAGAACUAAAUCUUUCCUCCUAUUGUUUCCAGUGGUAUGGAAAUAUUUUUUUUUAAAAAAAAAAGUGGGAAACAGUCAAAGGGAUACCAGGGUUUUCCUCCUGCCCUGCCAUUGAGCCAUUGUGCAUCCACCCAGGAUUGCAGUUUUAGAGAUUUCUUAUUAAGAAUCAAUAAUAAGCAGAUAGACUUCAUAAGUCUGUUUAUACAGUUGUGUAAGCAGUACUAGGUUUUUUAGAUCAUCUUGAUAAGGAUUCCUGUUUGCUGCUUUACAAGUUCUGUCAUUUCUUCUGCCUAUACUUCGAGUCACUAAAGCUAGGUUUAUGCUGUUUGUCAUGUAAAACCCUCCAGAGUUCAGAUGACACACAGGAAUUUCUAACCAUAGUGAAACAAGAUAAGAAACUGAUAACAAAAGUGCUUGGAAUUUAGGAGGAGAAGAUUAAAGGCAAGAAUGCAGUAGGAAUGCUGAAAUAAUAAGAAGUGUUUCACAAUCCUGAAAUCCUGGUUAUACUGAAUGUUGACGACGUACCUAUAGAUCUUUGAGCAAGUUAUGUUCCACAAGUGAAGGCACCUGAUAGCCUUGCCAAUAUCUACACAUGUUUGGUUUUUGCUUGUUUGGUUUUUAAAUUUAAAAACAUUAUUUUCUUUUUUGGGGAAACAGACUUUUACUUGCUUUUUCUUUAUUGUGUUUUCAUAUUCACCAGUAAACCAGGUUAGCAAGUGUUGGCCGGACACCACCUAUGGAUCCCAUACCUGCCUUCUGCUACUAAGAGCGUCAAUGACAUCCCCUUUUUGCAGAGGCCAGGUUUUAUAAAGUUCCAUGUUCCUCUGAGCAUGUUUGUUCAGAGUAGAUAGGAGACCACAGUUUCUUACACUACUUGGGUCUUCAGAUUUUCAUGUAUAGAAGAGGACCUCAUGGUGUGGGUUUGCUGACCAUAUUCUCACCUUUACAUCUGUUUUUACUUAAAUAUGUUUAAAACGGUAACAUUACUGUGCUCUUAUACCUAGAUCUCCACUAUUGCAGAAAGUGAAGAUUCACAGGAAUCCGUGGACAGUGUCACAGACUCCCAGAAACGCAGGGAGAUUCUUUCCAGACGACCUUCUUACAGGUAGGAAUUUAAUUUCUCUUACACACAUGCAGCAAAUCAGCUUCUUAUAAUUACUGUCUAGUGACACGUCAGACAGAAGUCAUUUAGCUUUCAAUUUUCUCAACAACCGGUUUCUUUGUUGUUCUACAAACUCCGGUACAAGUUAUGGUCAUACUGUAUAACUAUAAUGUGUUCCAGAUGUUUGGCAUGGGGCUUCUCCUGACCCGGUUUGAGGAGAGGAAGUGAAGUCUUGUUAGGCUAGCACAAUGAUUUGGUUCAAUACGGCCCAGUGCACCUAAAUCAGUUGGAUUAUCCCAAACUGUACCAUAGGGGCAGAAAUCCUUUUUGACUUCAGCAUACAGUUUGUUGCUAAGAGAUAUUAAUCUUGAAGUGGUGUGUUCAAAUCCUGCUUGGGUAUCCAUAGGUCAAGUCCUGCUGAGAAAGUAAGAGCCAUAUUCAGAGGCAUUUCACAGCUGCAUACCUGUUGCUGUAGGAGCAAAUGACAGAUGAGGCUUCAUGCUCCUAGCUAACCACCAUAGGGAACAGGAUACUGGAAUGGAUGGGUCCUCUGUCUGAUCCAGCCAGGCUUUCCUUAGGUUCUUACCCUGCCAGUGUGACAGCCUGGGCAUUCAGUCCCUGCCCUUCCAGUUAUACCAAUUCUCCCGCCCAAAAAUACAGAAGCUACGAGAACCUGGUAAGAUUUCUACAAUAUUCUUCCCUUUUCAGAAAAAUCUUGAACGACUUGUCCUCAGAUGCCCCAGGAGUGCCAAGGAUUGAAGAAGAAAAGUCUGAAGAGGAAGCAACAGCACCUGCCAUCACGACUGUCACGGUGCCAACUCCAAUUUACCAGACAAGCAGUGGGCAAUACAGUAUGUUGCUUGUGUUUCUCAUCUGAUAAGUGGAGAGGAAGAAUACGUCAGAGAUUUGGUUUUUAAAAGAUGGCAAGAAUGCUUAGUAUGUAUAUUAUGAAUUUUUCCUAAGUGCUCAAAACUUGAAGCCCCACGUUUGCCACUCCCAAGUUUUGAAAUUGUGGUGUCAGAAAUGCUGGAAGGAGAGAAACAGGAAAUACGUGGGAAGAGGCCAAAAGGUAAUACAGACAGGACACAGUGCUAUUUUUCUAGAAAAAGAGAACUCGCCAUGAGCACCUUCCUCGUUCUCUUAAAAUGGCAAUGGCGCCUACCUGAGAGGUGCUGGAACCCACCUGAGAGGUGCCGGGACUGAGUUCCUGUGAGUUCCCCCUGAAAAAGUGCCCUUUGGAUGCAAAGGUUCCUACUUUCACCAAAGGCCAGCUUCCUGUUCUGGCAAAAUGAACAACACUUCCUUUAUGCAAUGGAUCGGUAGAACAGGGGGUUUCUUGAGCAGCACACGAAGAAGUGAGCACAGCCAACAAAGUCUGUUUAUAUACAAUUCUGAAGGUCUUUUUUCAGCCCAAACACCCUUCACUUGUCCGAGCUGAAGGUAUAUUAUUGGCGGGUAGGGGGGUUGCCCCUACAUAGAACAGCUUUGUCCUACUUCCUCAGUGUGGGAUACCGUGACAGCUUGUGCCAUUAUGACUACGAAGGACGAGCUGACUCAAGCAGUUGAGGUGGUAGUUUAUCAAGUGAUAUGGUGAUUGCAUUCCAGUUUAACUCCUAUUGAUGCUGGUUCUGUGAUCAUUGCUUUGCAAUAGCUAUUGCAUGCAAGCAUGCUUCCAUGUUGCAGUUGCAGUUUUCAUGUGAGAAGCAUUGCCAUGUGGAUUGUCCUUACUCAGUAAACUUUCAGGGCUGGAGUGGGGGGGGGGGCAGAUGAAGAGCAUGGUGCUUGCAACUGUUUUUUGCCCUGGUCCCCAGUGUGGUCCUGAUUUUCUUUUAGGGACUGGUGUUGCUGAUAUCAACCAUGAAUAUGGCAAUGCUCUGCAUGCAGGUAUUGUCUGCAUGAAUGGACUGGUGUAAAUGUGGAGGAGCUGAGGAGUCUUGUGCUAGAAGCGCUGAAUGAGGGGACCGUGUGUGAACGGUAUUUGUGCUGCCGUCUGGAUGAGGUGGAACAGACCGAGGGACUUCAUGAAAGAGAAUAGACUCAUGAAAUAAAAACCAGAAGAGAAACUGUAUGUGAAGAACGAAAAGGAACUGAGAUUAAGAGACGGAGGAAUGCUAGAAUGGAGAUCUGAGAAAAGGGUGUAGAUUAAAGCAUAACCGUGCAGGGUAGAGAAGAGGGGGAAACAAAAUGAAAAAACAAAAAACCUUAAUCAUUAGAAUGGGCAGAGCUUGAUAGAGGCAUGUCAGAAGUAGAUUGAUAACUUUGGUGAGCUUCAUGUCAUUCGUUAUUUGUAACUUAAUAUUCUGUUGACCUACACAUUUUUUCACAUUACUGAAAAUCUCACAUAGUAAAUACCUCAUGAUCACCAAAAUCAAUAUUUAGAGGGUCUUAUUGUUACUCUUGAAAUGUAAGUUGUGAAUAUUUAUUUUGCCCAUAAAGUAGAUAUUUUCACUCUGCAGGAGGAAAUUGUUAUCUAAAUUAGGUUGUUAAAAAAACAAACCAUGGUUGCAAGGAAUAGAAACAUAACUGGCAAGUUGAUGACAGUUUUUUAACAUUGGCCUGUGUGGUGAUUGCAGUCCCAGCUGCUAGGGUUUCAGUCUCAGGGCAGUAUCUCCCUGGACUGACAACGGUAAUGGAUGGAAUUUCUGUGGCGCCACAUCCAUAAAAAGUCUUGAAACGGACUUAAUUUUCAAAUUGUUGGUUUGACUAAAGGACUGAGGACAGUUGUAUGUAUGGCAAUAUUCUCAUAUGCUGACUCGCAUCUGCCUGCUUUCAGUUGCCAUCACCCAAGGAGGUGCAAUCCAGCUGGCUAAUAAUGGCACCGAUGGAGUCCAAGGCCUGCAGACGCUCACCAUGACCAAUGCCGCUGCAACCCAGCCUGGUACCACCAUUUUACAGUACGCACAGACCACGGAUGGACAGCAGAUUCUCGUGCCCAGCAACCAAGUUGUUGUACAAGGUAAAGAAGAGCAGUUUUAAGCAAUUUGCUCAAGUUUAGCACUAGACACGUGCCGUGUGUGAAAAUUUUUUCCCCCAUAGGGAAUCACUGUGCACAUGUAAUAUUUGUGAAGCACCAUACUUUCAAGCAAAUACCUGUUUCUAAGGAAGCUGCAAUACACUCUGCUGUUCUAGCAAUAGUGGGCAAUAGACUAAAGUAGUUAGUAAUGGGCCAGAAUUCUGAAUGCUAAUGGCUAGACAAUAGCAUAGUUUUGUUUCUGGUUUUUUAAAAGUGUCCUUCCUUCAAGGUUUUGUUUCUGGUGCUGCCAAGUAAUUUUUGGCAACAGUAACCUAUCAAAGGUGGGGGCAUUAUUUACUUUUGGAGCAAAGAGCUAUCCAAAAGCUAAUUUGAUAGGUGGGGGUGCCCAAACUAGAGUUUACUCUUCUUGCUCCUUGAAAGUCCCUAGGGUUACUUUUAAGUUUAAUUGAACAUGACUGUUCACUAACCCACACAAAAACAAUUAUGUGCCUGGCCAAGCCUGAUGAAAAAAAGAGCAGUGGCUUUGAAGAAUAAUAUGUGGAAAAUAAGGAGUCAGGGAGAAACACAGAAGGAAACAGCUGUGUACAGCAGAAGCCUAUAAUUUGACAAAGGUUCUGGGUAGGAGGAGCAGUAGCAAUGGCUGCAGAUAGCAAUACUGCAGGCUGCAGAUAGGGAUGGUGGAGACUGGGAAAGGGUUGAUCCUGAAGAGUCAGGAGGGGCCCUGUGGAAGAAGCAGUGCCGGCAGCCUGGAAGUGGGCUGAUGUAUUGAAUUGGAGAAGGGUCUGGGCUAGAGAAGUAGAAGAGAGAGCUAGGGUGCGAGGAGGCCAUAUGAAACAGGAUCAGAAAGUAAGAACGGGCAGGGAUGAGCAAAGCCACAGAGGCAAGUAAGAUGGGGAGAAAGAGGCAAACGCAUCAUGGACAAGUUACGUAAAUAUGUACAUUUAGCCCAGCCACACAGGCAGAAGCUUUACACAUUUGCAGCACAGCAUGGAAGCAACACAAAGGUGUCAUCAACCGUGCAGCUUCAGGUAAUGAGGGGAGAGGUUCUUCGUUUCAAAUGACAGGUCCCCAUUCCCCCCAGUGUAGGCUUCCAGAGCUGUCAGACCUAAUACCCCUGCAUUCCCUGGUGUGUGUUUUUUUCUCUUAGCUGCCUCAGGAGAUGUCCAGACCUACCAAAUUCGCACAGCACCUACAAGCACCAUUGCACCUGGUGUCGUGAUGGCAUCCUCCCCAGCACUUCCCACCCAGCCAGCAGAGGAAGCAGCGCGGAAGAGAGAAGUCCGCCUAAUGAAGAACAGGUUUGUGUGCUCUGGAGGACUGAGGUGGACCAGCAGACCCAUCCCCCAACUCUACCCGCCCCGCCCCCCACAAUCCUGCCGAAGGAUUUGUUACCAGGUGGAACGGAAGGUGUGGCAGAAAUUUGGCUGUGCCUGAAAAAUAAAAUAAGCAGAAAUGUGGCUCCGAAAGGUAGCUUCAGUACACACCAGUCUUUAUCCCUCAGCAUGAAGGGCAAGAAAAGUUGUGGUGUGUAGUACCUUCCUCCUCUCACCACACCCCAAAAUUACCUAGCUAAAAAAUCAGUCCAAAAAGGAAAAUAACACCAAAUGCAAAUAUUCCUUACAAUUUACCAACAAUUUGAAUUUAAGCCAGAGUCCAUGCAAAAAGGGAAAAUAAUAUCAAAUGCAAAUAAUAAUAAUAAUAAUAAUAAUUUUUAUUUAUAUCCCACCCUCCCCAACCGAAGCUGGGCUCAGAGCAGCUAACAACAGUAAAUAUACCAUACAGUUGAAUGGCAUAUGUGAAAUUACCUCCCAUUGCUUCAGAAGGUUCCUGAUAUGUUAGGCAAGCAAUAGUGAUUUGCUCACCUGUCAAUAAAGAAGAAUUGUGUUUAUUCUACUCCCAAACAAAUAAAAAAUAUUAUACUAUUCAGUUAGUUCUGCUUCAGUUUUAUCAGUUUAAAAUCAGUGAACAUAUUGACUUGAGCUUUUAAUAUUCUGUUUUCCCUCCAGGGAAGCAGCACGCGAGUGCCGCAGGAAGAAAAAGGAAUAUGUCAAAUGUCUAGAAAACAGAGUGGCUGUGCUUGAAAACCAAAACAAGACAUUGAUUGAAGAGCUAAAAGCACUUAAGGACCUUUAUUGCCACAAAUCGGAUUAA